GAAUGAGAGAGUGAGAGACAGCCAUGGGGAGGAGGACGGAUUGUUUUCUUUGUUAUUUUUAAACUCUUACAACUCCGUAUCUAUGACACGAUUCGUAAGGAAAUGUAAACGCCGGGUUUCCCGAUGUGCUGGAAAACGGGGAGCAGGCUUUCGCAGGUACGGAGGAAUUGCUCAGAAGCACUACUUUCAGUAUUCUGGAUUUAAGCAUUCUGGACUUUAGACAGGACUGGAUUUGGACAAGUGAAAAUUAUAAAAAUGAGUGUGAGAGAGGGGUAUCCAGUGGAUCUUGGGGCCAGCUUCACUGAAGAUGCCCCAAGGCCACCGGUGCCAGGUGAGGAAGGUGAAUUUGUAUCCACAGAUUCCCGGCCAUAUAAUUCCAACUUUUACUGUUCAAAAAAUGAGUCUCUUAAAAGUGAGCCAUCCACAGCAACUCCGAGGAGGCCUGACCUCGACCUUGGUUAUGAACCAGAGGGAAGUGCUUCUCCAACACCCCCCUACCUGAAGUGGGCAGAAUCCUUACACUCUCUAUUGGAUGACCAGGAUGGCAUACAUCUUUUCAGAACUUUCCUUAAACAGGAGGACUGUGCAGAUCUGUUAGACUUUUGGUUUGCUUGCAGUGGGUUUCGAAAGUUGGAAAACAGUGAAGGGAAUGAGGAGAAAAAGCUUAAACUAGCAAAAGCCAUUUAUAGAAAAUACAUUUUGGAUAAUAAUGGCAUAGUUUCAAGGCAAAUCAAACCAGCCACUAAGAGCUUCAUCAAGGACUCUGUGUUAAAACUGCACAUUGACCCUGCAAUGUUUGACCAGGCCCAGACUGAAAUUCAAGCCAUGAUGGAGGAGAACACCUACCCAGUGUUUCUAAAAUCUGAUAUUUAUUUGGAAUACACAAGGACAGGAGGGGAGAGUCCAAAGUUGUACAGUGACCAGAGCUCAGGCUCUGGGACGGGGAAGGUUUUACCUGGAUAUUUACCAACACUAAAUGAAGAUGAGGAGUGGAAAUGCGACCAUGAGCCUGAAGAACAGCCUGAAAGGGAUCCUACUCCGACAAAUAGACUGACUCAGAAACUACUAAUGGAAACGGCUUCCCAGCGAGCAGUCACAAACAGGAGAUACCAAGACAGCCGAGAGUACAGACAUGGAACAUGGAGGGAACCAAUCAACCCUUACUAUGUCAACACCGGAUAUGCCCUUGCCCCUGCUACCAGUGCCAAUGACAGUGAGCAGCAGAGUAUGUCUAGUGAUGCUGACACCAUUUCCUUGACGGACAGCAGUGUAGAUGGUAUUCCACCAUACAAAUUUAGAAAACAUCAGCGACGAGAGAUGCAGGAAAGUGCCAAAGCAAACGGACGAGUGCCACUACCUCAUAUUCCUCGCACAUACCGGAUGCCAAAGGAUAUCCAUGUUGAUCCAGGUAAAUUUGCAGCAGAGCUGAUCAGUCGACUAGAAGGUGUUCUAAGGGAGCGGGAAGCACAAGAAAAGCUUGAAGAGCGAUUAAAGCGUGUAAGAUUGGAAGAAGAAGGUGAUGAUGCAGACAUCUCUGCUGCACCCUCAAUGGUUAGCCAUAAACUGCCUCUUGGCCAGCAGCCUCACUUUGGCUCUCGAUACUCUGAAACCGCUUACAAUGGCAUGCAGCUUCGUGAUGCCCAUGAGGAAAACCCAGAAUCUAUCUUAGAUGAACAUGUUCAGCGAGUCAUGAAAACCCCUGGGUGCCAGUCACCCGGUCCUGGACGGCACUCUCCAAAGUCCCGCUCUCCAGAUGGACUGCAUGCCAGUAAGAUGCCAGGGUUAAUAGGGGCAUUGCCUUCUGGACAUGGAAAGCACCAAGCCAAACAAGGAAUGAAACUGGAGAGCUCCAACAUGCAUCACUACAAACAUGUGUACCAUCACAUCCAUCACCACAACAUAAUGAAACCAAAAGAGCAGUUAGAAGUGGAAGCCACUCAACGAGUACAGACUAACUUUACCUGGAAUGUAGAUUCACAUCACUAUGCAACAAAGUCUCGGAAUUAUGCAGACAGCAUGGGAAUGACAACGAACCCCCUUGAUUCCGUGGGGCAAGGUAGCAAAGGAAACACAUUAUCCAAGAGGAAUUCGAAAAAGCAAGAACCUGGAAAAGGGGAAGAUGUCAGGAAUUUUGAGUUACCAGUGCCUACAGAGGACAUGGAAAGGAACCAGAAAAUCAUGCAGUGGAUGAUGGAAGGAGAAAAAGAAGUUCGACAUAAAAAAAAUCCUUAUGGAUCUGCUGCUGGAAAUAAAAAGGUGGCAAGUCAUGAGCCAACAAGGCCAAGUUCAAUCGAGCGUCUUGGAUCAGUGCACCCAUGGGUAACUGCUCAACUUCGCAACAAUGUUCAACCAUCCCACCCAUUUAUUCAAGAUCCCACCAUGCCCCCUAACCCAGCUCCUAAUCCACUCACACAACUGGAAGAAGCACGGCGUCGCCUUGAAGAGGAGAAAAAGAAACCUGGGACAAUGCAGACAAAGCAAAGGUAUGUUCAAGAGGUGAUCCACCGAGGUCGCACUGCUGCCAGGCCAGCUUGUAUUCCAGUGCCGAAUGUGGUACCAGCCGUCUCCGACAUUGAUCUCUCCGAGUCUGAGCAUAAAACACAGAAGAAGCAGCAGCAGCCGUGUGAAAACAUUGUUGUGGCGUAUUACUUUUGUGGUGAGCCAAUCCCUUACAGGACAUCUGUCAAGGGACGUGUGGUUACACUGGGGCAGUUCAAGGAACUGUUGACCAAGAAAGGGGCUUAUAGGUAUUACUUCAAGAAGGUAAGUGACGAGUUUGACUGUGGUGUCGUCUUUGAAGAGGUACGAGAGGAUGAAGCAGUCUUACCCAUCUUUGAGGAGAAGAUAAUUGGAAAAGUGGAAAAGAUAGACUGAGCCAAAGGAGAAGGCAAAUGUUGAACAAAAGAAGUUAUUUAAAGAAAAUUUUAUAUAUAUAUAAACUAUAUAUCAAAAAGGGAAAGUAUCUGAAAAGUGACAUUUCAUGGUACCGGAGAUGCUUUAUCAGUCUAUAGGAGCAUUCAACAAAUAAAGGUGUCCAGGAUUCUCUGUGGAGAAAUACAUAUAGUAUAUUAACUUACAAUCUUCCACAUUUCUACAGAGAUGCACACCGGCUGCUCAGUAUUGGAAGAAUAACAUGGUGCUUUAACAGCAGAAUUUGCUUCAGCAGACAAAAAUGAAAGGGUGCAGCAUUACUUUUCUUCAGUAUAUUUCUAACUCUUAAGUGUAAUGUAGCAUUGUAAAGUUGAACUAGAAAUUGUACUAUGAAUCUGUUUACUAAAACUGCAUAUUUUUGAUAUAAAGGAAUAGAAGGAAGUAGCCUUUUGUAAUGUAACAAUGCUCUUUUAAUUUUGAUAUGUACAGGUACUUCAGAACUUACCAGAUGCACAAAUUCCAUCUGUUUGGGGUAGGGAAGAUCGUAAAAAAAAAAAAAAAAAAAGCUGUUCUCCUACUAAUGCAAUAGAUGGUCAUGUAUGUGGGUGUGCGUGUGGUUUUUUUUUUUUCCUCAUUGUUUUUUUAAAAACAAAAUUACAAAAGUCCUGAUGCAGGAUGAAUCCUUUUAACAGUGUAGUAUUUCACUUAUCAGGCUCCCUCAUUCUCUCCCCUUUUGAACAUAUUUUUGUUUUACCACUUAUAACAUUUGCUACUUCAGAACUUUCUAUAUUUAGUUUUGAAGUACAUCUUGUAUGUUUAAACUAUGAUGGCAGUAAUAUUGCCACAGAUUUUUAUUUAUUUAUUUUUGUAUUAUAAACUGAAAACACUACCUGCUGUUACUAGAUUUUUUUUUUUCUUGUCCCUAACUUGAAUAAUUCUGGCCUAUCUAAUACUGAAUUACUGAUUUCACUCUGGUAACUACGUAUGGGACUUCACUCAGAGACAACAAUGUAGAUAUUUUUAGUAGAAUGUGCUACAUGUGAAAACUUGAGUGGCGUCUCUCAUAGUUUACCAAAACUGGUCAAUGAGUAUUAAUGUAAAUAAUUGCCAGUACUAGUACAAUUUCAUUCUCCGUAAUUUAAAACAAGGUAAGCAAUUACUAGACUUUGAACUUUUCCACUCCCAUAUAAUCGUGUUUUCUUUGGUAUGCUUAUGUUUUAAUAUUAGGUAAAUAUUAUUGUCAUUUUUGCUAAAUUGUUUGUUUAGUGAUUUCAUCACAUUAAAAUACGCGUCUGCUCUUUGUGAAACGGGUGUUUAUCACAUUAACAUGCUUGUUCAAGGUACAUUAUCCAGGUAUACUUGCGCAUGUAAUGAGAAACAAGCUGCUUCGUUUCUAAAAGCAAAGCAUCUCUUAUGUGUUCUUAUAGACCUAAACUAUUGACUGGCAUAUUUUUUGACUUAUAAUUAUUUGUUAAUUACUGUUAAGAAAAUCAGUGAUAAAGUAACAGUAGUUAUUGUUUCCUAAUUCUACUAUAUGCCAAAAGUCCAAAACAUUGUUUGGUUUUAUGUGUUAUCAUGAAUUCAUGUAAAAUUAUAUGUUGGCAGUUCCAAGAUCUCCGUGAGUACUAGCCAAGGUAGAAUAAAGUGAUUAAAUAAAAAGUGUUCAGCUUAGUGCCACCUGCCUCAACUCAUCACUGUCAAAGAAAAUCCCUUUGGGAAAGAAAAAAGAGACACUUCCCUAUUGGCAGGUUCCAAAGUUUCCUCAAGCCUGAAAUGAAAAGAGCAUAAGAAGCACUUAGUGUGCUUAUUUAGCAAAUACAUAAUUAUGCUCUAUGAAAGAAAUUAUCCAACAUAAUGUUUACAUGUAACCUAAUGCAUUAAGUAUUAGAAGUCGUAUGAGGUACUUUAGGAAAGCAUUCAAUUGCUGUUGGUGGCUGUGUAGUAUUUUUAAUUAUUAUUUUUAUACAACCAAAGAACAUAUACAUGAUGAAAGUAAUGUUAACUGCAUUCGAUGUGUCUGUUCUUUUUCAUCUUGUACCACUAAACAGUAUAGUCUAAACUUUUCAACUGAUCUUAUCUGUGUUUUGUACCUCUUUAUGAAACAUACAUUUAUGUUGCAGGGAAUAUCUAGCAAUCAUCAUUUUGUUUUCUACUGUAACUAAGUAGACUUUUUUAAAGGGAAAAAUUCAUUUGGAUGUAUGAAUGACAAUGAGAGUUUGGUGAGUCUGUAUAAAUUACAUUUCAUAAACCUUUUGAAUAUAUGAUGACACCCUUAUUUUAUAAAUUGCAUUUCUUACUUAUUUAUUUGGCCAGAUGUAUUUUUUCUCCUUUUGGAUUUUCUUUAAAAAUAAAAACCAAUAUUACACAAACUAAUGUAAUAAGCAUAAGAGCAAAUAGUUUUGGAUUUGUUGUAAAACCUGUGUUGCAUAUUUUAACCUAAUUAUAUAAACUAGAUUCUUAUGAAAAGGAUGUUUAAAAAUGAUGGGAGUGGUCAGGGGAACGCCCACGUUGCUCAAAUAAGAACUGGUUUACCUUCUGUAAACCAGUAUGGUAUGGUAUCGGUCUUCAUACUGUAUAACGUUUUAGUUGCAAGAUCUGUUAAAACACUUUCCCCCUUACUCCUUUCAUUAAAGAUGCUUUAAAUUAUAAAGCAAGAAAUUAUUUUUUUAUGCUUUUUUUGGAUUGUUUUCCAGUUUUUAAAUGAAAACCUGCAAAUGCCUCACUGAGUUUCAUCAUAAUUUAGAUGAUGUGUAAAUAGAUCACAGAGUGCCUUUAAAGUUCAAUUUCUUUUCAUAUCUGCCAUUUCAUUAUUUUUUUCUUUGCCAACCUUAGUGAUUUAUGGAAUUUUAAUCCUUAAGUGACUUUCACAGAUUUUUGCCCUUUUAUUGUGUGUAAAUAUGUACAUUUUCACGUGUCUCCAACCAGCAGCACCACUGAUCAUUUUAGUACCUAGCUAAUAUGUUAGGGUGCUGACUUGUACAGUAAUCUUUUAAAAGGUACUUCAAAAAUAAAGAAAUCAGAAAAUA